GGGGAGGGAGAGAAAUAGAUAGAGAGAAGAAUACGUAUUCGAAAGAGAAAAAGAAAAUGGCUCCAGCGAGCACACUCGAUUGGUCGGAGCCCUGCCAACAGUGGAGGUAUCCGAAACUUUGUCCUUCCGGGCAGAGACACGAGAGGACGAAAAAUGGCGUAGAAUUGAACGGCAAGGAGGCCAAUGGCGCUUACAAAAAGUUCUGCAAGUUCUUACGUCAGCUGGGAAGCAAAAGACGCAAGGAUGGCAGCAAGGUGACGACAGUAGUGGCUACACCUGGUUCUGGACCGGAUCUUCCACGAGAAGUCGCAUAUACCGACACCAAGGUCAUUGGCAAUGGCAGUUUCGGCGUUGUAUAUCAAGCGAAACUCUUUGACACGGGAGAGAUGGUUGCCAUUAAGAAGGUUCUUCAAGAUAAACGAUUUAAGAACAGAGAAUUACAAAUAAUGCGGCGCCUCGAGCACUGCAACAUCGUCAAACUAAAAUAUUUCUUCUACUCUUGUGGUGAUAAGAACAUCUUAAACGCAACUAAUCCAGUUUUUCAUGUGGACAAGGACGAGGUUUAUCUCAAUCUAGUUCUGGAAUAUAUACCCGAAACCGUGUACAAAGUCGCCAGACAUUAUAGCAAAAGCAAGCAGACGAUACCAAUCAGUUUUAUCAAGCUAUACAUGUAUCAACUGUUCCGUUCGCUGGCGUACAUCCAUUCCCUGGGCAUUUGUCACAGGGAUAUCAAACCGCAGAAUUUACUUUUGGAUCCUGAAACUGGCGUUCUCAAGCUCUGUGAUUUUGGUUCAGCCAAGCAUCUUGUCAAAGGGGAACCUAACGUGUCUUACAUAUGCAGUCGCUAUUAUCGUGCGCCUGAACUCAUCUUUGGUGCUAUUGACUACACUACAAAGAUCGACGUGUGGAGCGCAGGUUGCGUUCUGGCAGAGCUUCUGCUUGGUCAACCGAUAUUCCCCGGUGACAGCGGUGUAGAUCAACUUGUUGAAAUUAUCAAAGUACUUGGUACACCGACGCGUGAUCAAAUACGUGAGAUGAACCCUAACUAUACCGAAUUCAAAUUUCCACAAAUAAAAUCGCAUCCAUGGCAAAAGGUUUUCAGGGCGCGUACACCUCCGGAAGCUAUGGAACUGGUAGCGCGACUUUUAGAAUAUACUCCGUCACUUAGAAUGACCCCGCUUCAGGCAUGCGCACAUUCGUUUUUCAACGAGCUGCGAGAACAAGGAACACGAUUGCCAAACGGUCGUGAACUACCACCUUUGUUCAAUUUCACCGAGCACGAGCUUAGAAUUCAGCCUACCUUGAACUCUAUCCUAAUACCGAAGUAUAUGCAGUCUCCUGACAAUUCCGGAGGCCAAUCGGAAGCGACGAGUGCAGCCGCGGCGGGGGCUAGCGUUUGCAUGAAAAUGAUCACCGCUACCACUACAACCACCACAACUACCACAACCACCACCACAAUCACCAAUUCUCCUUAAACCUGCAUCAUUUUCAUUCUUCUUGAUGCACAUGUUAAAUGAAAAAAAGAAAGAAAGAGAAAAAAGUGUAAUGAUUGUAUAAAAAUGAUUAAUAAAUUAAUUCAAUAUGUAUAUACAUAUAUAAGAUAAUACACACACAUAUAAAGUAUAAGUGAACUCUUUCGAUUGUGUAAUUUGUUUGCUCGUUGUGUUGUUUUGCCAUACUCUAUCGUAGAUGAUAUUUCUCAAUCGAUUCACUUUUUUUUAUUAUUUUUUUAUUUAUUUUUUUUUUGUUGCAUCUUAUCGUUGUAUUAUAUUGUUAUUAUUCGUCGUCUUGCGUCUCAAAAUGAUAAAUGGAUCGAAAUUCCAAGCAUUAAAAUGAAGCGUGCCGCAGUUAUAUGCUGUCUCAAGUUAAUAAUAUUCAGAUCCUCAUCUCCAACCGUUCUGAAAACAAAUAUUUUCUGUUAACGUUCUCUCUCGUGAUUUGAACUAGUUUUUCUAUAUUAAUCAAAUGACUUUGAAAUCGUCCACAUUGUCAAAAUUUGCUUCGCUCGCAUACAAUAUAUAUGUAUGUAUGUAUAUAGAGUGUGUCGGAUAAAAUUGGAAUUUUAACGAUAGAAAAAAACAUUUUUCACGAAGUCCACGUUUGAGUCGAAAAAAAUUUAUAUAAUCGAACUGAAAAAUUUCUUCUGAAGAUUAUAUCUUUCAAAUCAUUUCAAAAAUGACGAAGGUCAUUGAUUUUUUUUUUAAACGGAAUUUGAUUUUCUUUCCCUCACUUUCUUUUGCUUCGACAAAAAUUGUAAAUCGAAUUCAAAAGAAAUUCAAAAUAUUAUAAAUUUAUUCUGUUGAAUAAUUAUCGUAAACAACAAAAGGUAUCGUCUUCAGAAUUUCAUAAGAAUCGAAAACCUAUUUAUGAUACGCCGCUUAUUAAAGACAUUUAUAAUUGUUCUCGAUCUUCCAUCCUGUUAAGCAAUGUCAAUUUCUGCUUAAUAUGCAGAAUACUGCAACAUAAACGGAUUUGUGAGAAAACAAAAAGAAAAGAAAAAGUCAUCGCUACAAAUUCUAUAUAUCUUGUGAAAAUAUUUCGAUGCGUAACUUGUAUUUAAAUGUUCUACAAUUAAAAAGAAAGAAAUAAAAAAAUGCAUGCUUGACAAAUAAUAUCGUAAAUAAGUUUGUCGUAUCGAUAAACUUUGCAAGGCGAUAUUUUUGUGUUUUGUGUUUGCGGUUAUCGCAAAAAUAAAUAAAAUUCAUAAUAUCUCAAA